AUGGCCUCUGCCCUCACCUCCGAAAUUCCAGGUGCCGAUCCGGCAUGGCACCGUCGCCAUGACCACCCGCACUAUAAAGAGACUCACUAUAAGUUACAGCGAUUUGUUCGAGAGUAUGUCAGUCGAGAAAUUGCACCUAAUGUGGAAGAAUGGGAAAAACAAGGAGAGGUGCCCGAAGCUGCCUUCAAGAGACAUGCGUCCUUGGGAUUCCUUGCGGCUUCAGCGUUUCCUAUUCCGAAAGAAUAUGUGAAAGGCGUUACUCUCCCAGCUGGUUUGAGCGUUGAUGAAUGGGACGAAUUCCACGAUGCUAUCAUCAUUGAUGAGAUGGCCCGAUGCGCUUGCCUGGGAACCAUUUGGGGGAUUAAUGGGGGUGCGACCGUUGGAGGGCCACCCAUCGAUCGCUAUGGGUCACCGAUCCAGAAAGAAAGGUACCUUGCUCCACUUUUGCGUGGUGAGCAAAGACACUGCCUAUGUGUCACAGAGCCUGCGACUGGCUCUGAUGUCGCAGGGUUGACAACGACUGCAAAGAAGACACCCGAUGGGAGGCACUAUAUUCUCAGCGGAGAAAAGAAAUGGGUUACGCAAGGUCGUUGGGCAACCCAUGGUUUGGUGGCUGCCAGAACAGGCCCUGCUGGAGCCAAGGGUAUUUCUGUGUUCAUUGUGCCAUUGGACUCAGACAAGGUUUCGAAGAGGAAAAUUGAUAAUUCUGGGGUUAGCUCAAGUGGAUCAACAUAUAUGGAGUUCGACGAAAUCCUUGUUCCCGCUGAGAACUUGCUGGGUAAAGAGAAUCAAGGUUUUGAAAUUAUCAUGUCCACCUUCGCACAUGAGCGUCUUUGGGUCGCCAUCACCGCCCUUCGACUCGGCCGCGUUGCCUACGAGGACUCAUAUCGGUAUGCCCUGAAGCGAGAGACAUUCGGAAAGCCUCUAUUUGAGAAUCAGGUCGUUCGUCAAAAGUUCUCUCGCAUGGAAAACAUGCUAGAGCCAACCCAGGCAUACAUGGAAGAGCUAGUUUACCGAUCUGUUCGCUUGUCUUCUCUAGACUUCUCUCCUCUUGCUGCUAUGCUCAAAGUCCAGGCAGCGCAUAAUCUCGAGAAGAUAUCGAGAGAGACACAGCAGAUCUUCGGUGGCCUUGGAUACUCACGUCAAGGUCAAGGCCAGAGAGUGGAACAAAUCAGCCGUGACGUGCGGGUUUUGGUAGUGAGUGGGGGAAGCGAAGAGAUCCUGCUCGAUAUGAUUGCGAAGCAGCAACGAAAGUUGGCACACCUUUAA